AUGCCCGCGAACCAACGGCAACAAACCGCCCAAUCCCCAGCGUCUCCGAUUUCGAAGGCUACUGCAAAGUACACAAAUAAGGAUGGUUCCAAGUUCAUAACUGUUCCUAAGUCCACCAGUACCGAAUCACCUGAGACAUCACCCGCCAUGGCCCAGACGACAAUCAAACCAAACGGACAAAUGACUAUACCCCCUCCAGGUACGAAUGGGGCUUCCGCUCCAGUGAACCGGAAGAAGCAAAAGCGAAGACAAAAACAAGCCGCAAAGCUCGCUGCGGAGCAGCUCCCGGGUAGCCCAACAAACGGCGUGUCAAACAGCUCAAUUGAACAACUGGCCGAGGAAUUCAAUGGGGCAAUUAGUCUCGGCGGCGAAGAACAAUACGAAGAUGAUGGGCAAUUUGAUCCAGCCGAAGGCGACUACUACAGUAAUGAGGAUAGCGAAGGGUACUCUGGCUCCUUUGAACAAAACGGCUCCCCGGCAAAUGGCUACGAUAUGCCCCCAUCGAACCCUCCUGGGAAGAAAUCGAAACACAAAAAGAAGACGAAGGGUGUACAGCAUGAACACCCACCGCAUAUUCACCACGGAACGAAUGGUUUGUCACAUAACCAUGUAUCUCUACCUAUUCCUAAGUUGGCAUCCACGAAUAUGCCCCGAGGCCCUGGCAUAUCGAAGGAGAAGAUUUGGAAUACUUCUUCACAAGAGGAGCGUGAACGAAUAAAGGAAUUUUGGCUGUCGUUGGGCGAAGACGAGCGAAAAUCUUUAGUCAAGGUUGAGAAAGAUGCAGUAUUGAAGAAGAUGAAGGAGCAACAAAAGCACUCUUGUAGCUGUACAGUAUGUGGUCGCAAGCGAACGGCUAUUGAAGAAGAGCUGGAAGUGCUAUACGACGCAUACUACGAGGAGCUGGAGCAAUAUGCAAACCAUCAAGGAGACGGAGGACCUCCCAUGAUGCCUCCCCCUCGUCGUUUCGGCGCUAUGAGCGGUCUUCAACCUCCAAAUCGUCUGCCCCCAGCAUUCAGUGGUCAGCAGCCGUCCCGUGGCAGGAUAGUGGAACAACCAGGUGACGACGACGAUGAUGAUGGGGAGGAAGAGUACAGCGAAGACGAUGGAGACGAAGAUGAUUAUAGUGAAGAGGAACCAGAAGAGCUUCCUCGAAGUCAUGCUACAGAUUUCUUCAAUUUUGGGAAUAGUCUCACUGUCCAAGGUGGUAUCCUUACCGUAGCAGAUGACUUACUGAAAAACGAUGGAAAGAAAUUUAUAGAGAUGAUGGAACAACUUGCUGAACGUCGCAUGGCUCGCGAAGAAGAUGCCAGGGAAGCCUAUUCGAAUCCAAAUUAUGGUCAUCCUCCAAAUGGCUCCAUGCACCCUCACUCCCAUGCUCAUAAUCAUCCACCUCCGCCGGACGAAGAAGAAUAUGACGACGAAGAUGAUGAAGAGGAUGAGUACGACAGCCAAGACGAGUACGAUGAAGAGGAGAUGGAUACCAUGACAGAAGAGCAGCGAAUGGAGGAAGGACGACGCAUGUUCCAGAUAUUUGCCGCUCGUAUGUUUGAACAAAGAGUCUUGACCGCUUACAAAGACAAGGUUGCAAAGGAACGACAGCAAAAGCUUCUUGAAGAACUUGAGGAAGAGUCUCGGGCUGAUGAACAAAAGAAAGCCAAGAAAGCCAAAGAUGCCCAAAAGAAAAAGGAAAAGGCAGCACAGAAGAAACAAGCCAUGGCUGAAGAGAAGGCAAAGCGGGAGGCUGAGAAGGCCGCCGAGGAAGCUGAACUUCGUGCUGCUGAAGAGAAGAAGGUCGAGGAGCAGCGAUUAAGAGCCGAGGAGAAACGAAAGAAGCGAGAUGCUCAGAGGAAAGCCGAGGAAGAAGAGCGACUACGGAAGGAAGCCGAGAAGCAACGCCGAUUGCAAGAACAGCGGGAAAAACAAGCAGAGCUUGAACGUAAGCAACGCGAGGCCAAGGAGAAGGAGCGCAAGGAGAAAGAGGAGUUGAGGCAAAAGGAAAGGGAGGCUAAGGAGACCAAGGAACGUGAAGCUAGGGAACGACGAGAGAAACAGGAGAAAGAGAAGCGUGAAAGGGAAAAUAAGACCAGAACUGAAAAGGAGGCGAAGGAGAGACAAAAGCGCGAAGAGCAUGCAGCUCAACAAGCAGCCGCUCAAGCAGCCUUGGCAGCAAUCAAGCGACCUCCAGUCCCGAUCCCUGCGAACUUGCAACCACAUGCUGUGGCUUCUCCGCACAUUCCAGUCGCCACUCCUGCCAUUCCCAAAGCACCAACUCCAAUCAAGCUGCGUACCACAAAUUCUCAGCAGGACUCUAAUCCAUCGGUCUCUGUGCCACAAACUCCCCAGACAGCCAAUUUGAGUCAAAAUGUGUCUCCUAUCCCAUCAACGCCUCUACAGGGCAGCCCAGGACCGAUUGGACCACCCGGGAAGAACCAUAGCCAGAAUCCAUAUCUGCAUCACCCUCAAGCGACGUCCCCGAUCCAUGCGGCUCUGAAGAGUCCUCCUGGAAUGCCACAACCAAGUCCAUUUGGCGGGAUGCCUCCGAUGAUGGGAUUCCAGCCUGGCCUACCAAUGAUGCCCGGAUUUGGUGGUCGCAUGCAACACGAGCCAAUGUUUCCUCACCCCUCGAUGGGCGGGCAAUUCAGACCUCUCGGCCUUAAUGGACUGCCACUUCAUCCACCUAUGCAUCAGAUGCCACCGGGAAGAGGUUUUCCUUUACCGCAUGGACCACCAGGGUUUCCUCAAAUGCCAAAUGGUUUAGCUAGCAUGGGACAACCCUUUGGUUUGCCAAAAGAGGGGCCAGGGUCACAAUCCCAUUCGAGACACCAGUCUGCAACAUUCGAUAAACCAUUUGAGGGGCCUGGACAACCAAUUGCACGUCCAGCACCGAUUGGCCGCCCAGGGAGUGUGGUAAAUGGACAUCGUCAGGGUGAUAUAGGCACCAAUGAUGUCGAUGACUUGAGUAACCACCUUGGCAGUAGUGCCCUGUUGGACGAUUCGGACGAACCUUUGAGUUCUUCAACAGGUGCCCGACGACCGAGCGCUGCACCAGGAAACAUCAAUCGGCAAGCUUUUGCCCCUCCAUUUGGCAGCAUGGACCCGUCUGCAUUUGCCAGUCCUAUGACUGGCUACAACACCUGGGGUGCUCCUCCAAACCCAUUUAGCCCGUCGUCUCUGCCUGGUUCAAGUUUCAUGGGUAGCUGGGGUCCAAGUCCAAACAGUUCAUUUGGCAACGUGGGAGGCGGUCCCGCUAUUCGACCAUCUCAACCUCGCUCUGUCAUGGUUCGCUUGAUGAUAUGUCGCGCCUGUAAGAACCUUGAAGGCUCUACGCCGGAUGGCUACUACGACGUCAAGUUUAUCAAGGACCAGGUCGACCAUCUCAACCCUCCGUCUGAAGCUCCAGUCUCCGAAAAGGAAUUGCUAGAGAUCUGUGAAACCGAAGGGAACGCAACCAACGGCGGCGGUUCUUUUGAUGUUCGUGAUAAUGGCGAAGGACAUUUCUCAAUUCGCCAUGACGACGACCUGCCACCUUCACACCGUCCUGUCGGCGCACCUGGCGAGAUCGGUAGCCCAAUCAUUGGCGGCGCAUCACGCUUUACUGGUCCUCCCCCAGGAUUAUUCUAG